GAGCUGGCACAUGCUGCAGGUGGGGCUCAGCCUGCCCCGCUGCCCCGGGGCCGCGGCCGCCGCCUUGCCCAUGGCCGAGCCGGCCGCGGGCGAGGACACGGGCACCGGGCCAGAGGCGCUCGGCUCAUCCCCGGUCACCAUCGUGGUCACGUCCGAGGCUGACACCUGGGACAUCGACACCUCCUCGUGCCGGGGCUGCGGGCACUUCGUGGACUGGGACAAGAUGCCGGAGCCGCAGGGGCCGGCGCAGAUCCCGCGGGACGUCCUGGGCAGGCCCCCGAAGGAGCUGAAGCGGCUGGCGAGGGAAGGCUGCUGGGCCGGGAGCCACGCGGGCCGGGCCCGGCUCUACCCCCGGCUCAUCCAGCGGGUCUCCUGCCGCCUCGUCACCCCCGACGCGCUCGUGUACCGGGACGUGGCCGGCCGGCUCUUCGGGAAGCCCAGCGUGAGCUCGCACCCCCUGCCCGAGUUCCUGGAGGGCUGCCCCGUGCCCACCUACUGCCUCAGCCCGCACGGGGUCACGGCCCUGAAGAAGAUCCUCAUCUGCGUGGGCGCCCUGUUCCCCGACAUCACGCACAGCCCGCUGCUGCCGGCGCUGGCGGCGCUGCUGCUGCACUACAGCGAGGACGAGGCCCAGUGCUUCGAGAGCCUCUCGCGCCUCAUCGCCAGCAACGCUCCCCACGCCGCCUACAUCGACCAGUCCUUCCUGGCCCACCAGGCCUCCUGCAUGACCUUCGGGGACCUGGCCAGCAAGCACUGCCCGGCGGCUCACAAGCUCAUAGCCGGCGCCGCCGACAACGUGCUCGAGGUCUACUCGGAGUGGCUGUCGUGGCUCUUCCCCGGGCUGCCCUUCGCCUACGCCGUGCGCGUGCUGGACGUGUUCCUGCUGGAGGGCCAGAAGGUGCUGUACCGCAUCGCCCUGGCCCUGCUGAAGCAGUUCCGGCUCUCGGCCGCCCCGGCCGGGCCGCAGGGCUCCGACGUCAAGGCGGAGCUGCAGGCUUUCGUGAGGAACAUCGCCGAGCACGCGACUGUGGACAAGCUCCUGGAGAGAGCCUUUGGCAUCCGGCUCUUCUCCCGCAAGGAGAUCUGGCUGCUCCACAUGGCCAACAGGAAGGCCUUGGUGGAGAGGGGCAUCACCGUGGUGCAGAGAAGGUCUGUGGGGCGUUUCUCUCCUCCGACUGGGCCGAAAGGAAGAAGAGCGGAGCCACAUCGGGCUUUUUUGGGACAGGGGAGUGCUUUGUGUUCACGGUGCGCCCCGAGGCAGAGAGGUACGAGUGGGUGCUCAUCAAGAAGCCGGAGCUGGCCAAGGCCGUGCCGCGCUCCCGGCAGCGCUCGCCUUCCCCCGCUCCCGAAUCCCUGCUCGGCUCCUCCCCGGACAGCCGCAGCUGCAGCCCCAACCACCUGGCCGUGCCCUCGCCGCAGAGGAGAGGCCGCCUGUCCCCGUUCCUGGCCAUCAGGCACUUCCUCCUGCCCUCCAAAACUGCCUCCAUGUUCAUGUCCGGCUCCCGGGACGGCAUCGUUAUCGGUGGAGGCGGAGGCCAAGCGCUGUCCCUGGACGCCAGCCUGCUCCGGGGACACACGGAGCACUGCGAGACCUUCGACAACCCCCCGCUCUGCCAGGAGAACUUCCAGGUGCAGCUCUUGGAGGUGUGGGGCUUCCAAAGCGCGUAGCUGCCCUGGGGACACCCCCGUGUGCCACCCGGGCACGGGCACGGGGACCCCUCCCCGCGCUGGCCACCCCCGGCCGGGCUGUGGCCACCGGAGCGGCAGCUCCGCUCUGCAUCGUCCCCUCGGGGCCAGAGCGGGCACAGCAGAGCGGGGCAGACGGGAUCAGAGCAGACUGGGUCAGAGCAGACUGGAUCAGAGUGGAUCAGACCAGACCGGAUCAGAGCAGAUCACAGUGGAUCAGAGCGGACCGGAUCAGAUCAGAUCAGAUCAGAGCAGACCAGAUCAGGUCGGAUCAGAUGGGAUCGGACCGGACCAGAUCGACCUCGUGGUGCUGCAGAGAGAGGCCGAGGCAGUGCCAGGACCGGGACUGCAGACCUGGCCCACUCCACCCAGUCUGGCCCAGUUUGGGGUGCUGGAGGGGAGGGCAACCAGGCUGGAGUUUCUCACACUUCCCUGGCCUGUCUGCAGCAUGGGGCUCGGCAAACUGGGACAGCACGGGCAGAUUUUGUGGGAAUUCUGAGGCCAGGCUCCAAC